AUGGAACUAUACUACGACUUGCUGCUAGAUGGAUUCGCGAAGCUGGGUCCUGAAAAGCCGAUCCUCCAAAACACCGUCUUCGGUUGGGUAGCGUCAGGCAAAAUAGGUUCCGGACAGUGCGACUCAACUCCAAAGGUAGCCCACGUAUGCAGUGACCAGUUUCUUGAUUCACUAAUCACUCGUUUCUGGGAAGUCGAGUCAUGUUGGUCAGCAAGUACCCAGUCUGCGGAGGAAGUCGCAUGUGAAGAACAUUUUGUCGCAAACACAUAUCGGGAUGAUUCGGGACGGUUCGUAGUCACCCUUCCGAAGCAUACAUCUAUUCUGUCCCAACUCGGAGAUUCCAAGCAGAUUGCCACUAGAAGAUUUCUCGCCUUAGAACGUCGUCUCGAUGCAAAUCCUCCGCUGAAACAAGCCUACACUAACUUUAUCGAUGAGUAUCUUCAGCUGGGUCACAUGCGAGAAGUCAACGAUUCCACAUGUUCACCUGCUGUCCCGUCCUAUUACCUACCACAUCACGGAGUAGAGAAAGCGGACAGCACAACCACAAAACUAUGCGUCGUAUUCGACGGCUCCUGUCGGACGGACAGUGGAGUUUCGCUGAACCAGGCACUGAUGGUUGGAUCAGUUGUCCAGGAUGACCUCUUAGCCAUACACCUUCGCUUUCGUAUGAAUCGUAUUGCCCUGAUUGCAGAUAUCGAAAAGAUGUACCGUCAGCUUCUCAUUCAUCUUUUGGACUACCCACUCCAGCGUAUUCUCUGGCGCAGAUCGUUAUCAGAACUGAUACGCACCUACGAACUCAUGACAGUCACCUAUGGUACUGCGUCAGCCCCGUUUUUGGCUACUCGAUGCCUAAAAGAGCUGUCUAAACAAGGUGCUGAAGAUUUUCCACUGGCGUCGCUAACGUUGGCAAAAGAUUUUUAUGUGGACGAUAUGCUGACAGGUGUCUACGACGAAGAAGAAGGAGAAGAACUCUGCAAGCAAUUACUGGCGCUUCUGAAGUCCGCCGGUUUCAGCCUUCGCAAGUGGGCAUCAAAUUCAACUGAAGUCCUCCCGAAAAUUCCCAUUGAACUGCGUGACGAACGAUCAGUGUUAGCCCUGGCUUCACCCUCUACUUCGAUCAAAACUCUCGGAAUCCAAUGGCAGCCCUCCUCGGACACGUACAGCUACGCAGUUCCCGAAUGGUCAACUCAAAUUUUCUGGCCAAAAUCUUCGUACAAUCACUUUGGCAGACUACUACUUCGUGGGACGAACAUUCAACAGCAAUAUUGGCGGGAAUGGCGCGACAGCUUAAUCGACUUGCCACUGAUAUCCAUCCCACGAUGGGCCGCGUUCGCACGAGAUCCUGUCCUCGUCGAGUUACACGGAUUCUGCGACGCAUCUGAACGCGCAUACGGUGCCUGCGUCUACUUGCGGACCGUAUCUAUCGACGGAAGCAUCUCCGUCAGACUACUGUGUGCUAAAUCGAGAGUGGCACCUAGCGGAAAGUCGAAGAACUCGGUUCUGCUCAAACUGCCGUUGCUAGAGCUCUCAUCGGCACUUCUUUUGGCUCAUCUGUACGACAAGGUCAGCUUGAGCAUAAGCCUGAAGACAAAGCCCUUCUUCUGGACAGACUCCAUGAUAGUGCUUUGCCAGAUUCGUUCACCACCUGCUCGAUGGAAGAAGUUCAUCGCCAAUCGUGUGUCGGAGAUCCAGCGUCUUACCGCUGGAGGUAUCUGGUCACAUGUUCCCGGUUCCGAGAAUCCAGCGGACAUUAUUUCACGUGGUAUGAGUCUUGCGGACAUGAGAAAUACACCUGCCUGGUGGAUUGGACCUCAGUGGCUGAAUCAACCAUCUCGCUUCUGGCCACCGAUCAAUCAACCAAUUCCUGACAAUCUACCAAACAUCGCCCAAGCGGAACGUCCGAUAUCGCUGCCGGUACAAGCAGUACCCCCCAACGAACUCUUUGAACUUCGUUCUUCAUUUCCUCGUCUGGUGCGGCUAGUCACCUAUCUACGCCGUUUCCAACACAACGUUUCGUACCAGAACCGCAACAACCGAAAAACUGGACAUCUCACCACGUUCGAGCUGAAUGACACUACACAGUUUCUCGUUCGGAUCGCUCAGCAAGAAUCAUUUGCCCGAGAGUUGUCUGAAAUCAGCACCAAAAACCUUUCACCAAUUCUGAUCAACGGGAUCCUGCGUGUGGGUGGACGUCUGCGGCAUGCAGCCAUUUCGGAAGACAGAAAACACCCAAUGAUCCUGCCCGCUCGUCACACGCUCACGGAACGAAUAUUGGUCCACUAG